UCUUAAAACACCGACUCUUCCUUAAGCAAUGAAUGAAGAAAGGCCCUCCUUCUGCAGUUUGUAAUUGCAAUAUUUACUCCAAAUUUCCCCUUCCUGCAUACUUCUUGGGAUUUUUCCAAACAAUUAAUACAUUUCCUGGCCUCAAUUUACACUCUCCUUCUACCCAAUACUUCAAUUCAAUUCAAUUCAAUUCAAUCUCAUCUCUCUCCUCUCUUUCUCUCUCUACACCCUACCCCCCCUCCACCUCUCUCCAACAAUUAAAUUAAGCCUUAAAUCACUCCCCUUCAUUUUCCUUAUAUAAAAUCCCCAUCAACCUCCACCCAUUCUUGCAACAACAUACACCAUCACCACCAACACUUUGCUGGUGCCACUCCUUCUGAUCACCCUUUUUUCUCUUCCACAACACUCACAGGUUGCAGAAAACAGAGGAAAGCCAUGAGCCGUAGAAACGGAAGUGGUCCAAAGCUUGACUUGAAGCUGAACCUGUCCCCACCGAGGGUUGAACGGAGACUGGAGUCCCCCACACGCUCGGCGACAGUGUCGCCGACAUCACCGCCGAGCUCAUGCGUAUCCUCUGAGCUGAACCCAGAGGAUAAGAGUUACUCUAACAGCCCUGAAGCCACUUCCAUGGUGCUUGUGGGUUGCCCUCGCUGCCUCAUGUACGUCAUGCUGUCCGAGGAUGAUCCCAAGUGCCCCAAAUGCAAAAGCACUGUUUUGCUCGACUUCCUCCAUGACGCCAAAAACCCCACCAUAAGGAGUUAGGAUCCUCUGUUUCCUUCUACCUCUGUUUUCCUCUGUUCCUAAUGGUAGGACAUAUUAUAUUAGCUUGUAAUCCUAGGAAUUAAUCUCCCCCCCCCCUUUUCUUUUUCUUUUCUACCGUUUUAACUUUUCCCCCUUCCAUGAGUAGUGCUAUGUGCGCUCCACUUUCACCCUCUUUCCCACCAAUUUUGUCAAAGCAGGGGAUGCAGAUUGCAGAGACAGAGAGAGACAGAGUAGAGCGUGAAUAGCACUAUUUGAAUCAGUCACCUAUAGAAAAAAAAAAAAAAAAAAAAGUUACUGGGAAAUUCGGGAAUGUUAGGUAUCUAUUAAGAAAGUGUAAUAGGGCUUAUAACCUCAGGUGCCCUCUUGGUUUGCUUGUUGAAAUUUAAGGUGAAAUCGAACCUUAAUUUUUCCUUGA